CUCUGCGCAUCUCAGGAGAGCCACGGGGCAGCCGCUGAGCAGCCUGUGGGGAGGGCUGCGCUGCACCGAGGCUCCUGGCUCAGGCUUGCAGGAUGCGGCCCCCAAGCCAUCAGCCACUCACGCGGACCCCUCCCGCUCUGUCCUUUCAGUCUGCUGCCAGCGAUCCGGAGAGUGCCUGAAGCCCAAGAGCAGCCGGUGAGCUGCCAGCUGCAGGGGGAGGCAGGAACAUCAGGCCAAGAAGACCUGCGCCGAGCACUGGGAACCAAACGCGUGAGCUUCCGUGACGAAGAACUGGGGGCAGAAAAAGCUCAUUGUGACGGUGCGGUGCGAAUAUUGCACACAGCCAAGGCCUCACCCCAUCUGAUCACCUUGAGGCCAACAGCACCUCUCCGAAGAGAUUCAAGAUCUUCCUCAAGGGCUGAGUCUGCGGAGCCUCAAGGCAGACCAUCCAGGCUCCCACUGGCAUGCGACUCAGUUAAACUUCUCAGGAAGAGGGCAAGGAAGACCAGGCCAGUGCAGGAAACACCGGAGCACAUGGCAGCGUCACCACUUGGUGCUGAGUCCAGCCUUCCUGAGGAGCCUCCCAUCAACCGCUCUGGACUGCUGCCACCCAUAGAGGAAGAAACGGGGUCUCCCAAGUUUCAGCCUCCAAAGACCAAAGACCCACCCCGCAGGAAGGGCUCACCCUAGCCAUGCUGAUGCGGGCAAGGGGUGCCCAGGACAGACAGAGCUCCACUGGAGGCUGCAAAACAGAUGCGUGAAUCCCAUCUGCAUCAUAUCCAAUACUAAACCAGGCUGCCCAGGGCCCCAUCCAGCCUGGCCUCCAACACCUCCAGGGAUGGACGGGGCAUCCACAACC